CGAUAAAAUUUUUUUGUUUCAUAUUUUCGUUGUGUUAUUUCCUCUUUCAGAUUCCGCGAGAUUCGUGUGUCCGCUUAGGAUGAGAUCAGACUGAGCGCAAUGACAUCGAGAUACUUCGUGUUUGUCGCAGCUCUAGCGUAUGUUGCAGUGUCCGCCGCACAAGUUUAUAACAGCCACUCAGAGGAUGCAGUUGCAGCGAUCGAGCCAGCAGCUGCAAAUAAUGAUUUCAUCACACAAACUGUCUAUGGCUUCCUGGACUUCACCACGACAAUCGGCAAUACGGUGAUGGUCUUCAGUCCUCAAAGCGCUCCUCCAGAAGGAGGCGUCGUGAAGAAGAUCACGUCCCCCACGCCAGCGAUUCACACAAAGCCAACGACGGAGCAGCAGCCGAAGAAAAAUAUCCCCGACAUCCAGCCCAGCAAGACGCACAAGGCCGAAGAUCAGGGCGGUGAAACGAAGAAGCAGAUAAAGGGCACAAAGGUCGUCGUGAAUUCCGUGGUCGAGCAGAACGUGGUGAAUCCCUCCGAGAAUACCGUACCGAAACCGACGAAGAAUCAGGAGUCAAAUAAACAGACGAAAACACCCACACUGUCAUCGGUGGUUCAGGUACGUGCUAAGGAUGAAACUCCAGGCGUGAAGAACAAUCUCGCUGAACCUGAAUAUGAUUUUCUCUCAAAGCAGCCGACGGAAGUGAUCGACGAGACAUACAAGUUGAUCAACCUGCGACCAUCGUCGAAAGUUCAUCACAAACCGCGUGCCACCCCGCGAAGGGACAAAGAGAAUCCAACUGGCCUCGUAACCAAGUUGGGCGGAACCAUCGUAAAGGAUGGACUCACCACUGUGCAUGAGACCAGCGUGAUCGGGACUUAUAUCAAUGGAAAAUACGCCCAGGUAUUGCAGAGCUCAUCAAGAAUCCUAACAGCACCGGUUGCACCAGUAGCUGACGGUAAGAUUCGGCCGUCCAGCACCAAUCGCAUCCUGAAAACUAUUGGUCCUCAGCAUGGCAAGCUCAAGCCGCAGCUGGAGCCCACUCCAACCCAUCAGCAACAGGACGAAUCUUCGCUGCCCUUGGAGGCUCUCUUUAACGAACCUUCUGACACUCCAAUACGAUCGACACGGAAGCCUUCGACUCCCAAUAAUUUAACCAAGCCCAAAUUCCGUAACAAGAUUGCCGAUGAAUACGAUAACAACGAACCACAGCAAACGAGGAUCGGAAAGAAUCGCUCCAGCACGUCUCGACCAAAUUAUAAAAAUCGUCCCGCAACUACCACUACUGAAGCGCCCAUCACUCGCCGUCGCAGCGGUUUUCGGCCGAACAGUCAAUCCCCUAAUACACCCUCGAAACAGUUGACGAAGUCGAAGAACAGCGAUCAGCAGCCGUCAACGACGAUCAGUCUACUGCCCAAGGUGAAGCUACCGAGGACGCAAGGUCGCUGGUCGUAUAAGACCACGCCGAAACCGAGAAUCAUGAUUCGUAAGCAAGUGGAUGAAGAAGAUUCGCGAACGUCAACUGAGUCGAGUACAACAGAGUUGGUUCCCGGGGCAAUCUUUGAUGAGCAAGGCAAGACAUCAGCAACGACGGCAACAAUCAAUGUUGCUCCGAUCUCAUCUAGCGGCACCAAUGUUGCGCAAAGGAAAGAACUGUCCUUGACGGAGGACGAGUUAGAUCCCAGUGAAAGCGAAGACGUGGCUAGUGUCAGCAUACAACAGGAUCAGCAGCAUCCUGGAGAACAGAUUCUACCAGUAGAAACGCUCAACGUGGAAAUCUCUACUGCGGCGGAUCUCGACAAUGUAUACUUCGAGAUUGCCACUAUCAAAUCGCCUUACUCUUUCCAAGUAGGAACACUCCGAAACACCCGCUACAUCACGGUGACCUCCACCAUCAAGAAAACGUUCGCGACGGCCGAACCGAGCAGCUCAAUUUUACCUACCGAACCACUCACGGAGAACAUCCUAGCGAACACUGGGGCUGCCUACGAGUCGACUUUGCCACUUGACUCGUCUAUCGCGACGUUACCAGCGAUCUCUCUAGACGCCGCCCAGGCGACACCGCCAUUAGAAACGCUGACAGAGACGUUCUCAACGACUCAAACGUUGCUAAAGACGCAUAUGUUACCAAUAAUCUACGCCGGCAACAGCACCACUCGAUUGACCUUAGUGCAAACGUAUAACAUCGCCCGAGUAGUGACGGCGACAAAGACACUGCCACCGAUGGAAAUCUAUCAGUUUAUUCCAAGUAAAACAUUGAACGAGUUCAACUCAAAGCUCGACGAAGCUGGUAGCGAACUACAUCUCGAGCUCGACUUUGGUGAUGAUGAUCGCGACGACGAGGACGUUCCAAAGAGAGUGGUAGUGCCCAACAACGAUUCCGAUGCCGACCUGGACAUUUUUAAGUCGGCAUCGCCGUCCAAGAUUAAGAGUGACGCCGCAACCAGCAGCAAUGCAGAGCCUCAGUUGACCCCGGAACAGGCCCAACAAUUAGCACUUCUGAAAUACUUUGGCCAACCACAACUCCAAGUCAUCACUACAUCCAAACCAGUAAUCACCUUGGAGACGCUAUACGAAUCGCAUGUGAUUCCUGUGGUGAACUCUGGGAAUACCAUCUACUCAACACUGACAAGGCCAGUCGGCACUGUACCAAAAACGUCCUACGAGUAUGGCACAUCUACCUUAAGUCCGGUACUGCCACAGGUGCAGCAGGUGCCGCAACUGCCGCUGUUCCCACAGCAGCCACAAUUCACGGUGACAAGUGCGCCCAUAGUCACUCAGACUCUCGCUACCGUAUCUGACUCGCGAGUGCUGAAACUUACCUUCGGCGCCAAAACCGCCUACACCACUCUCUUCUCUACAAGGGUCGUGCCUACCGAACUCACUACCUAUAUCACCAACACGGUACCGGUGCAGCCAACGGUACCAGCGUACCCCGGUUAUUAUCCGGCGCCGGUGCCCUAUCCACCCUUUCCCUUCGUCGGUUAGAUUUCGAUCCGUCCUUUGACUCUUUCGAGCUCUUAGCGGUCCAUUUCGAUUGCAUUCAAUCGUCAGAUAGAUUUGCUCUCUUCCGAGUUGGAUAUUAACUUUAAUUAACUUUAUAAUAUGUAAAAGGAGAGAGAACUCCAGGAGAGAGAACAUCCUAAUCCAGGGUACGAUUGGAUACGGUCCUAAUUCAGACAGAAGUUAUACUAAUAUUAUAAGAACGUCAUCAUGACCUUAUUUGUCGCUUAUAAGUUCAUUCAUAGGAAAUAAAUGAAGUCAUGAUAACGCCUUAUAAAAUGUUAUUAUGACUCUCUACUUUGGAAACAAUUUUAUUUAUUUAAUGACUUUUUCAUGGAUUUUUCCUGAUAAUCCUUUCGAUAAAAGUACGAUAUAUCCUGCACGUUCAUUCGCAUUAAUUGCGAAAAUUUGACAUUUCAUAAAUAGUGAUCAUAUAUUUGUGACUUAUGAUAGAUUAAUAUUAUUAAGGAUUGUUUUGUCCAUUUUUUUAUACGUAUGUUUUAAAGCGAUCUCAUCAUUUCAUUUCAUCUAAAUUCUCUUUAUUUACAAAUGGCAUGCAAGAAAAAUCAACGUGUCGCUAUAACACAUUUCUCACUUAUGACGUCACGAUUCAAAUGGCUGGAGUGAGUACUCAGGAGACUUAAAUUUAAAAAAUCACUUUUUAAAAAUAAAUAUUAGUAAAUUUAUUCAUGUCAGAUUAUCGAGAAUGAGAAUCAAUGUCAGCGCUGCAAAUCUACGCUGUUUUUUAAUAUAGUAACAGUUCUCUAAUUUCACGUAAUUGCAUUUUUAUAAUAAAUGGGUCAAUGCACGUUAUUGCUAACAGAGUAUACAAGAACAAUUUCCAAGUAAAGAAAAAAUUAUAAGUAGCUUCGAAAUAUUUGAUAACAAAACGCGUUGGCGAUGAUUGCAAUCGAACGGCAUUAUUGUAAAUAAAUUAUUGAUUAUAAUAUAUUAUAUGUCGUAUAUUGUGUAUGUAU